GUUUUUAAGAGUCAUAAUCAAGCUGUGAGGGUAAGAAGGUGUAGUGAAUCAUAAAAAGAUGAACUGUGACGAAUUUAGAAAAUUUGGGAAAGAAAUUGUUGACUAUAUUGCUGAUUAUUGUGAUACUAUUAGACAGAGACAAGUUGUUUCUUCCGUCGAACCUGGUUAUUUAAAACAUCUUUUACCCCCCGAAGUCCCCAAAUUGGGCGACUCAUGGCCCUCAAUUCUCGAGGACCUCAACCGGGUCAUAACCCCCGGCCUCACCCACUGGCAUUCCCCCAACUUCCACGCUUAUUAUCCCACCGCCAACUCAUACCCCGGAAUAGUCGGAGAAUUACUAUCAGCAGGCCUGGGAGUCGUAUCCACCGACCAAUUCCCAAAUCCGGCAUGUGUCGAACUAGAACGCAAAAUGAUGGAUUGGCUAGCAAAAAUCCUUGGUUUGCCUAAAGAAUUUUURAACAGUUCUGAGGGCCCCGGAGGCGGCRUUAUCCAAAACGCGGCGAGUGAGUCCACACUAGUAGCUCUCCUGGCKGCCAAAAAUAGACUUCUAAUGAAAAAAGGAGUUGAAGACGGAAAAUUUGUAGCUUAUACGUCUGAACAGUCGAAUUCUUCAGUGGAAAAAGCGGGACUUUUGGCUUCUGUGACCAUGAGACUCCUUCAAACGGACGACAGAGGACAACUCCGAGGUGAAGUUCUUCGGGAGGCUAUCGAAGAAGAUAUCAGAAUGGGGUUGACCCCUUGUUGCAUCAUUGCUACUCUAGGAACCACYGGCACUUGCUCGUUUGAUCAAUUGGACAAAAUCGGGCCCGUUUGCCGGCACUUCAAAAUCUGGCUGCACGUCGAUGCAGCUUACGCCGGCUCGGCCUUCGCUUGUCCAGAGUAUCGGCACUUAAUGAAAGGGGUGGAAUUUGCAGAUUCGUUCAAUUUUAACCCCCAUAAAUGGAUGUUGGUCAAUUCCGACUGCUCAGCAAUGUGGUUCAGGGAUAUCCAAAGUAACGAAUUGUUUAUCCAAAUUCCGGAUUCGCGCAGAUUCCGAGCGUUGAAGCUAUGGUUCGUGUUGAGAAUUUACGGGGUUGAAGGAAUACAAAGACAUAUCAGAAGACAAAUUGCUUUAGCGAAAUUUUUCCAACACAUGGUCGAAUGUGAUGAAAGGUUUGAGGUGUGUACGGCUAGUAUGGGGCUAGUUUGUUUUAGAUUAAAGGGUGAGGAUGGAAGAACAAAAAAACUGUUAGAAAAACUGGAGAAGAGGAAGAAUAUUUUUGUGAUGCCGUACUUUUACCAAAGACGGUUGGUUGUUCGGUUUGUGAUAUGUAGUAGGUUCACUGAAGAAAGAGAUGUACUUUACGCGUGGAAAGAAAUUAAAAGUCAAGUGGAAGAAAAGUCAAACUAGUUAAUUCAGUUGUGUAUAAAUAACUGUAGUAUUAGUAAUUGUAAAUUUAAUUUUAAAACCAAAAAAAUGAUUGAACUAAAUCGUGUUAAU